ACCUCAAGCCUCAAUCCCCACUACCCCAGCCGAACCCCUUCCUCCCAGCACCCUCAUCCUCCACCGUCCACAGCAUCGUCGCCGACUCGCGGGCAGCAGCACAGUGGACAGCAUCCUCACGGACGGCACCCACAGCAGCCUUUUGCGUCAUUGCCGACAUCACCCAGCCACCCACAGCACCCAGCACCCACAGCGCCGUCUCCUCCACGCCGAGUUUAUGGAGCCUCCGAGCCAGGUUGGGGAGAUUAUUAGCAGAUUUGAGAAGAAUGGAUUUUACUUGAAAAGGUAACUUCUUUUGUUUUUGUUACUACUUAACACACGUGCUAACAAUUUAGCUUAGAAACUCCACAAAUUUUUAGCCUUAUGCCGAAAGGCACUAUGCUGACUUAUCUAAAAAGCCUUUCUUUAAUGGAUUGGUCUAAUACACUAUCUCUGGUUCUAUUCUUGCCAUGGUCUGGGAGGGUAAAGAUGUUGUUGCAACUGGCCAAAAGUUGAUUGGAGCAACAAACCCCUUGGCAUCUGAGCAUGGAACUAUCCAUGGUGACUUUGCCAUUGCAUUAGAAGAGGGGUAUUAUAGGCGAGGUGCAGCUCAUCUUGCUAUGGGAAAAUUCAAGGAGGCUCUAAAAGAUCUUCAGCAGGUCAAGAAAAUGUGCCCAAAUGACACUGAUGCAUCAAAGAAAUUGAAGGAGUGUGAAAAAGCUGUUAUGAAACUUAAAUUUGAAGAAGCAAUUGCUGUGCCAGAGCAUCAAGGACGUCCAAUAGCCGACUCCAUAGAUUUCCAUUCUAUAGGUACUAUGUUAAAUAUGGCAUCUGUUUAAAGUUUUGUUAGCAAUAAUUCAAAAAUAGAAAGUGUGUUGAACAAAUAUGGAUACUUGUGUACUACAUCUUUGUGCAGACAAAGAGUAGGACUCCAGAAAAGAAUUUAUGUUCUUAGAGAAUGAUUAACUUGAAAAGAAAGUUAAGUUUCGUCAAUGAUGUGGAUUGUGUAUUUGUGUUGUUAUAGUA